AUGUCGAGCCCUUCCUGUACACAGAGGGAGAGAAGUAAGCGGUGUAUUGACUGUGAACGCCUCUGCCUGUUUUCAGAUUACGAAGCCAUCGUGAAGCUGUCAGACGGUUUCAACGGAGCCGACCUGAGGAACGUGUGCACAGAAGCAGGUUUGUUUGCCAUCCGCGCUGACCGCGAGUACGUCACUCAGGAAGACUUCAUGAAAGCCGUGAGGAAGGUGGCUGAUUCGAAGAAGCUGGAGUCCAAGUUGGACUACAAGCCUUUAUAAACUGUGUGUCAUAGUCCUUUCUCAUAUUUCUCAUUGCAUUUUGCUGUGUUCCAUGCUUUAAAGCCUGGAGAAAAUGUUUGUAAAUGUUUGUGGGAUGCAAAACGUUUAGAAAAAGUACACGUUCCUAACCUACGAAGUGACACGGAACCCCUGUAUCCAGUUAUUAGUCUGACCCGCCUUUUGUUUCAUCUCUGGAUCCAAAAGGCUGAUCAUUCUCGCAUCCCACAAAACUCUUAACACUUACAAAUAAAUACCUUUUAUGUUCUGAAAAUAUACAAUUAUACUGAAAGUUCUGUGUUUUUCAAUUGACGACUUCUCAUUUCUCUUACCUUCAAGUGAACGUCCUGAGCUCCAAAACUGAUUAAACACGUGUCAAAGUG